UGCCCGCGGCUGCACCAAGCCUGCCUUGGCAAUUCAGCAUGUCCGCGGCUGCACCGAGCCUGCCACGUGGCUGUACUACUACAGCACUUUCGCCUGCAUUCUGUGGCUGCCUAUUUCAGUCAAAUGUUGCCUUGCCAGUGGAGGCAGAACAAUUCAGACUUUGAGCUGAGGUAGUCUUAAACUUGGACUGCACUUGUGCAAGGUAGCCGUCUUCUUCUUCUUCUUCCUCCUCCGCAGUCGGAAGCACUGCAUCAUAUGCGAGCCAUUCAUAGUAUCUACCACCGUAUGACAUAUGCACAUUAAAGCACGCUCGUUUGGGAUCGGAGGUCAAAGAUUCACAGGAAGACGCUACCAGGAAAUGUGUCAGCUCUCUUUGUCACAGCCCUCCUGCCUUAGCUGUUCUCGACUCAACGUGGAGACUUGCACCGGUUCUGAACCAGCGAUGCAAAGGACAAGCAUGACAGCCGGACGCCGGCACCAAAUCCAUCCCACAUCGACAGGUACGUCUCUGCCUCUUAAUUACCCCUAUCCAUCCCAUUCAAGACACUGUUUCAUUUGCAGGAAGACUCAUCGAUCCGAUUCAUCUGAAGCUCGAAUCAUCAGGACAGCGUCUUCGAUAAGCAUGUCGGUUAAGGUUGCAGAAAAACUAGCCAUUAGGCCAACUGUUUCGCCCCUUCUAAUCCUGCAUGCAAAGCGUGUGUCCUGUCAUAUUACCUUUCCUCUUCCUCCUCUCGCUCAUUAAGCAGCACCGCUCACUGUCCUCGCCCUAUAUAACUACUCCCGCCCUGCACCGCCCACUCCUCACCACGGUGGUAGAACGUCAAAGCUGCUGCUAUCAUGAGGAACCCCGUGCUGGUGGAAGGCGCCGGGGAUGGGGCGGCGGUGGGGGAGAGGCUAUUGGUGCUGUGGCGGCGGAUCAGGACGCCCAUGGUGGUGCCGCUGCUGUGGGCUCUCAUGUACGCGUGCGCCUUCAUGUCGGUGAUGCUGUUCGUGGAGAGGGUGUACAUGGCGAUCGUCAUCGUCCUCGUGAAGCUCCUCCGGAUCAAGCGGUACACCAAGUACAAGCUCGAUUCCAUGAGGCAGGAGAUGGAGGCGGAGUCGUCCCACCCCAUGGUGCUCGUCCAAAUACCCAUGUUCAACGAGAAAGAGGUUUACCGCUUAUCGAUCGGGGCAGCCUGCGCCAUGUCAUGGCCGUCUAACAAGAUGAUAGUUCAAGUUCUCGAUGACUCCACUGAUCCCGUCAUCAAGGAGAUGGUGGAAUACGAGUGCCAGUCGUGGGCGAGCAAGGGAGUCAACGUGGAGUACGAGUUCAGGAACAGCCGAAGCGGCUACAAGGCGGGCGCCCUUCGCGAAGGCCUCGAGAAGAGCUACGCCAAAGACUGCGACUUCGUCGCCAUCUUUGAUGCCGACUUCCAACCCGACCCCGACUACCUGUGGAGGACCAUCCCUUUCCUUCUCACUAACCCUGAGCUCGCUCUGGUGCAAGCUCGAUGGAAGUUCGUGAAUGCUGACGAAUGCCUCCUGACCCGCCUCCAAGAGAUGUCUCUGGAUUACCACUUCAGCGUGGAGCAGGAAGUAGGGUCUUCCACGUACUCCUUCUUCGGGUUCAACGGCACUGCGGGGGUGUGGAGGAUGCAAGCCCUCGUCGACGCCGGAGGGUGGAAGGACCGGACCACCGUGGAAGACAUGGAUCUUGCAGUCAGGGCUUCCCUCAGAGGGUGGAAGUUCGUGUUCGUCGGCGACCUGGCAGUGAAGAACGAGCUACCCAGCACGUUCAAGGCGUACCGCUUUCAGCAGCACCGGUGGUCUUGUGGCCCGGCAAACUUGUUCCGGAAGAUGCUGAAAGAGAUCCUAUGCUGCAAGAGGGUGUCCGCUUGGAAGAAGUUCCAUGUCAUCUACGACUUCUUCUUCGUGAGGAAGAUUGUCGCCCACUUUGUGACCUUCUUCUUCUACUGCGUGAUCAUCCCGGCGUGCGUCCUGCUCCCGGACGUCCAUCUUCCCAAGUUCAUCGCCGUCUACAUCCCCUCCGCCACCACCGUCCUCAACGCCAUCUGCACUCCCAGGUCCUUCCACCUGAUCAUCUUCUGGAUCCUGUUCGAGAACGUCAUGGCGAUGCACCGAGCCAAGGCGACCAUAAUAGGGCUUCUGGAGGCGAACCGCGUCUACGAGUGGAUCGUCACCGCCAAACUGGGGAACGCUUCCAGGAACAAGAACAGCUCCAGGUCGCACAGAAGAUCUCGAUGCCGCAUCGUGGAAAGAAUCCACCUGAUGGAGGUCCUCAUGGGACUCUUCCUCUUGUACUGCACCAUCUACGACAUCAUGUUCGGCCGCGACCUCUUCUACGUCUACUUGUUCGCCCAAUCCAUGGCGUUCUUCGUCGUCGGCUUCGGUUACGUUGGCGUAUACGUUUCCAACUGAGAAGGAAAGGGGGAGACGGCCGAGGCCUUCAGAUUCAAUUUGCCGAACACCCCAAGUGCACAGAACUAACAUACUGCUCCCACUGCUCUGAUCUCCUGAGACACGGGAAAUCCAACGUUGGAUGUAGGGUUUGUGACAGGGUCAGUAGGGUCGUACCAUUGACCCCACUCUAUAGAUGUUUUAAGCUUUACUUAAAUGCAAGAAAGAUGCAGUAGCAAUACAAAGAAUGUUGGAGUAAUAAUAAUAAAGCCAAAAA